AUGGAUACCCCCAAGCGCGAGGCCGGCCACGCCAAUGCCUGUGUUUUCACUCUGCGGAUUGGGUCGACUCACCGAAACGUAUGCGCUGACGAUCCUCAUCCUGCUGCGGCUGCCAUUGGCUACCUCCCGCCAGAAGCCAGCUUCACGGACGCGUGUCGGGUUAUGCCCAAAUCAAUGACGGAGUUGUACCCUCCCUCGAGCUAUCGCGAGCGCCCAGAAUAA